AGCCCCAGCGGGCCGCGGCGGGCAGCCGACCCCGAGCCCGGGCGCGGGGCCCGCGGCCGCGGUGAGGCGCGCAGGGCGGCGCGGGCGUGGCGGCCAUGGGGGCCCUGACGAGCCGGCAGCACGCGGGCGUGGAGGAGGUGGACAUCCCGUCCAACUCCGUGUACCGCUACCCGCCCAAGUCCGGAAGCUAUUUUGCCAGCCACUUCAUUAUGGGAGGAGAGAAGUUUGACUCAACUCACCCGGAAGGCUACCUGUUUGGAGAGAACAGCGACCUGAACUUCCUGGGGAGCAGACCCGUGGCGUUUCCUUAUGCUGCCCCACCUCCCCAAGAGCCAGUGAAGACUCUGAGAAGCCUGAUCAACAUCCGAAAGGACACACUAAGGCUCGUCAAGUGUGCUGAGGAAGUGAAGGCCCCUGGAGAAGAGACAGGCAAAGCUAAAGUCCACUACAAUGUGGAGUUCACCUUUGACACUGACGCUCGGGUGGCCAUCACCAUCUACUAUCAGGCCACUGAAGAGUUCCAGAAUGGGAUUGCCAGCUACAUCCCCAAAGACGACAGCCUGCAGUCGGAGACAGUGCACUACAAGCGCGGGGUGUGCCAGCAGUUCUGCCUGCCCUCGCACACCGUGGACCCCGCCGAGUGGGCGGAGGAGGAGCUUGGCUUUGAUCUGGACCGAGAGGUUUACCCGCUGGUGGUCCAUGCUGUGGUGGACGAAGGCGACGAGUAUUUUGGCCAUUGCCAUGUCCUGCUGGGCACUUUUGAAAAGUUCCUCAGACCUCAUUUCUUCUUAAAACGGGAGGCCCAAACUAGCCGCAUGGAGGGCGCCCCGUGUUACCAGCGCUGCUCCCCACCCGGCUGUCCAGGAGCCCUCUUCCUGGCCACAACUGUCAUAUUUUCAUUCCAGCACACAGAUGGGACUUUCUGCGUCAAGCCUCUCAAACAGAAACAAGUGGUAGACGGGGUCAGCUACCUACUUCAGGAGAUCUAUGGAAUUGAAAACAAAUACAACACACAAGAGUCUAAGGUGGCUGAGGAUGAAGUAAGCGAUAACAGUGCCGAGUGUGUGGUGUGCCUCUCCGAUGUCCGGGACACCCUGAUUCUGCCCUGUCGUCACCUCUGCCUGUGUAACACCUGUGCAGACACGCUGCGCUACCAGGCCAACAACUGUCCCAUCUGCCGACUCCCCUUUCGGGCUCUGCUUCAGAUUCGAGCCAUGAGGAAAAAACUGGGCCCCUUGUCUCCAACCAGUUUUAACCCCAUCAUCUCAUCCCAGACAUCUGACUCAGAAGAGCAUUCAUCCUCAGAGAACAUUCCACCAGGUUAUGAAGUAGUGUCUCUUCUGGAAGCCCUCAAUGGGCCCCUCACCCCAUCCCCAGCCGUCCCUCCACUCCACGUGCUUGGAGAUGGCCACCUCUCAGGAAUGCUGCCCUCCUACGGCAGCGAUGGCCAUCUGCCCCCCGUCAGGACUCUCUCCCCCCUUGACCGCCUGUCUGACUGCAGCAGCCAAGGACUCAAGCUCAAGAAAAGUCUCUCCAAGGCCAUUUCCCAGAGCUCUUCGGUGCUGCAUGAAGAGGAGGAUGAGCGUUCUUGCAGCGAGUCUGAGACACACCUCUCUCAGAGACCGUCCGCUCAGCAACUUGGAGAGGGCAGUGUGCCAGGCCCAGGGGACCACGUGCAGAUGAGGAGUUCACCGUCUAGCUGGGCUGGGACAUAUGCACAAAGAGCAGCACCCUGUCGGUCACAUAGUCGUUGCGCAAAAUGUGGUGUGACUCCAGAGAGUGAGAAUCUUACCUUGUCAUCAUCAGGAGCUGUCGACCAGUCGUCCUGCACAGGGACGCCUCUCUCUUCUACAAUCUCCUCUCCAGAAGACCCUGCCAGCAGCAGCCUGGCCCAGUCAGUCAUGUCCAUGGUGUCCUCCCAGAGCCGCCACUCCCAGAUCAGCACCGACACGGUCUCCUCCAUGUCCGGCUCCUACAUUGCCCCUGGCACUGAAGAGGAGGGAGAGGCCCCCCCUUCCUCCCAGACCUCCAGCAGGGCCCCCUCCGAAGAAGGAGAGGCGAUGCCCGUGGGGUCUCCAGACAGCAACUUCGUAGGCCUCGCUGCUGAGGAGCAGGAUGCAGAGGGAAACGAUGUUAUAGAGGAAGAGGACGGGUCACCCACACAGGAAGAUGGCCAGAGGACAUGUGCACUUCUAGGUACGGAGUGUGACAAUAACAAUGACUUUGACAUCGCAAGCGUGAAAGCACUGGACAAUAAGCUGUGCUCUGAGGUCUGCUUGCCCGGUACCUGGCAGGCUGAUGACAACAUUGCCAGUCGUCGGAACACACAGCGCCAGCGCUUAUCAUCGGGCAGCCUGGAGGACCCUAAGCACAGGCCCUGUGUGUGGGGUCCUCUGGCCGUCUGAGGGCCCCGGCCCCUGCCCCUGGCCCCCCUCCUGCCCUCACAUUCCAUCCUGGCCUCACUGGACCACUGGCCUCUUGGGCACCCUCAGCAAGACACACGGGGACUUUUUACACCUAUGUGAAAGCUGGACGUUGAGGUCAGCCUUCUCUUUCUCCCAGCUUCACCUCUGUAACUGUGACCCUUCCCUUCCCAGAAGAGAAGCCUCCUCUCUUCUUGUGGGCUGAAGCCACUCAAUGAACUACAGCUCACAAGACCCUUUGCAGAGACUCUCUGGAAUGUUCCCACCAUGUCCUAACCUCAGGUGGAGUCAAGGUCCCCCCGAAGUUUCUUGUGCAUCUUUUUUCUCUUUAGCAGGUAAACCAAGAAGAUGUGGCAUUUUGGCAGCUUCAUCACAAACAUGUUUGGCAGGACUCCUGUGAGAAGGGACAGCCAGGUUGUACUAUAAGAGGAGUUAACUCCCAAAAGUGUUACGAGGGCCCUUUUGCAAGGACAAAAAUGGUUGGCUGAAAAAGCAGUGCUUGCUUCUGGUAGCAGAACUAGUCUCCUGUACCUCAGUAUCUGUCUUCCUGGGAGGCAGCCUUGAGUCUGAGAAUUCCCCCGGCACUUAUGAUCAGGGGCAUUCAUGAAGGCCUGGAACUCCAUCCUAAGUUGACAUUUCAAAAAAAAACAUUUUUUGGCCACCUUUAUGUGCCAAGCACAGGGUUGGGAGCUGUCAGCCAUUAUCACAUCUCAUUGCAGCAACCCUGUAGAGUGGCAUUCUUAUCCCUGUUGUCCCCAUCUCCACCCCUUUUUUUAAUAGUUGGAAGAAAUAGGUUGAGAGGGUUAGACCAGCACUUCUCAGACUGGUGCCCAGGAGCCCUAAGGGAAGUGGUGGAGGGUGCUGAGCCAGGGCCAGCAGUAGUCUGGAAGCCUCCCCACCCAACUUUAUCCUCUCCUGCCUUCCAGAUCUUCUGAGCCUGAUGGGGGAAAGGGAUGUAAUGCCUUCCAUAGGCUUGUUAGAGAUUUAGAGAUACUGACGUUCAAAUCAUGGGCCUAGCCCAGUAUAAGGCAGG